AAGGCUGCUUUCCCUGCCUUGAGUUAGACUGAUUGGUUCUCCUUGAAGCAAAGCAAAGUGGGAAAAACUCCCUUGUUCAGAACAAGCUUGAAGGUUCAAUUGAACCGCAUUGUUUAGGACCAUCUUGUGUACCAUACACUUGGAUUAUCUUGCCUUUAUUUGGUCUACUCGCCCUUAAAACAAAGCAGAGGAAGAGAUCCGGACUUUACACUUCCCUUUUAAAGCAACGUUUAAAGUGAAGGAAAAACUGUGCUCUUCUGUUGGACGAGUUUAGUGGACUGCGCACUUACCCUUAAGUCAAGUAAAGGGAGGAAACACUGCUGUACUGUACGUAAUUUUGUUUAAUACAAGCUCAGUUUGGACCUUCUUGGUUGUGCUUCUUGGUCCAGGCUUGUCCAGGUGCAGUACGACUGGUCUGGACAGAGAUCAGGACUGGUAGAGGUCAGGCCAGGGUCUAUUUCGAGGUCACUGUGGUCAGAAGUCAGCAGGCUGGAUGUCUCUGCAGGAGAUACUGCGGGAGGGCCAGGAGGCUCCUCAGAGGAUACUGAACAGAGUCUCGCAGCUUCUACACAGCCUGUCCAUGACCCUACUGGAGCAGGGGGGAAACUUCAACACCUACAGGCGCAGGAGCUCCUGGAGGGAGUGGAACGAUGAGAUCAUGCAGCAGGAGAGCAGUCCUCUGUGUGCUGCAGACAUCAGCCCUGACCUCAGGAAAUGCUUCGCCUUCCUGUCAGGAGGUAGAGGGAACAAUGGCAGCCCCAUCGUCGUCUUCCCUGAGUACCCUGCGUUCAGCGAGCUGCAGGAGCAGGAGUUCCACAAUGUGCUGACGUACCUGACCAGCGUGCCCAGCCUCAGCGCAUCAGGAGUUGGCUUCAUCCUGGUCAUCGACCGCAGGCAAGACAGAUGGGCAUCGGUGAAGGGAACACUACUGCGCAUCGCGGGCUCAUUCCCAGGAAACCUGCAGCUGGUGCUGGUGCUGCGGCCCACCACUCUGUUCCAGCGCACACUGUCCGACUUCCUCUUUAAGUUCAGCAAGGAUGAGUUCAAAAUGAAGGUGCCGGUGAUCAUGCUGAGUUCAGUGACAGAGCUCCACAGCUAUAUAGACCGCACCCAACUGACGCAGGAGCUGGGCGGUACUCAGGAGUACUGCCACGAGAAAUGGAUUUCACAUCGCACCGCCAUUGAAGGCUUUGCUCUGAUGGUGAAGAAGACUGCGCAGACCCUGCAGGCCUUCGGGACGGAGCUGGCUGAAACUGAGCUGCCCAACGACGUGGAGGCCACAUCCACCCUGCUGACCACACACACAGAGAAGAAAGACGAGAUGAAGGAGGAUCUGAAGAUUGCUCUCAGUCAGGGAGGCCGUUUGUUGGAGAGUAUUAAUGAGCCACUGGUGUCAGAUCCAGACUACACCAUGAAUCACGAUGAGCUGGAGAACCUGUCUACUGUGCAGAGGUUGCUGGGUCAGUUAGAUGAGACAGAAACAGCGUUUGAUGACUUCUGGGAGAGACAUCAGACCAAGCUGGAGCAGUGUCUGCAGCUCCGUCACUUUGAGCACAACUUCAGAGAGGUCCGGUCUCAUCUGGAUCAAGUUGCUGACAAGCUGUCUGGCUUCUCAGAGGUGGGCAUAAGCCCCGCCCACGGCGAGCACAUCCUUAAAGAGCUGACCAUUCAUGAAGACAGAACUUGUGAGGUGCUGGACCGUGCACUGGCGCUGGCCUGUGAAGGGGACACUCUGAUAGAAAGCUCUCACUACGCCGUGGACUCCAUCCUCCCCAAAUGCUCUGAGCUGCGGGCUGUGUGUGAGGAGGUGGGAGCCGUCCUGAAGGCCAAAAAGUCCCACCUGCUCAAAGCCAUGGAGCUCCACUCCAGCCUGGAGAAAGCCACCAAAUGGUGUGAAGAUGGGAUUUACCUCCUGGCAUCUCAGCCUGUAGAUAAGUGUCAGUCUCAGGAUGGAGCUGAGGCAGCACUGCAGGAGAUCGAGCGUUACCUGGAUACAGCCAAUCAGCACAAGCUGAAUGACCUGAAUGGCAUCUGGAGGGACUAUGAGUCUGUACUGACAGCAGACUUCAGAGAGCAGGUGGAGCGGGUCUUCCAGAAGCAGCUCUCUAUGCAGGAGAUGUUUGAGAAGAGAAGAAUUAGCCUAAAGAAACUCGCAGCCAAGCAGACGAGACCAGUCCAGCCGGUCGCCCCUCGGCCUGAGGCCAUCAUCAAAUCACCUCUCUCCUCUCCUGCCCUCAGAGAGAAGAAUUCAUCGUCGGAUAUCAUAAGCAGGCAAAAAGGAGACACAAUCAUCCAGAAUGGCAGCAGACCACCAUCACUGUCUGAAGAGGAGGAGAAUCUUGCUGUGCUGAGGCGGCAUGUGAUGAACGAGCUGCUGGAGACAGAAAGAGCGUACGUGGAGGAGUUACUGUGUGUGCUGCAGGGCUACGCAGAUGAGAUGGACAACCCCAGCAUGGCCAAUCUAAUCCCCAACACCCUCCACAACAAGAAGGACGUUCUGUUCGGCAACAUGGCUGAGAUCUAUCAGUUUCACAACAAAACUUUCCUCAGAGAGCUCGAGGCCUACACAGACUGCCCCGAGCUUGUGGGACGCUGUUUUUUAGAAAGGAUGACAGACCUUCAGAUUUAUGAGAAGUACUGUCAAAAUAAGCCUCGCUCCGAGUCGCUGUGGCGACAGUGCUCUGACUGCGCCUUCUUCCAGGAGUGCCAGAAGAAACUGGAGCACAAGCUGGGCUUGGACUCGUACCUGCUGAAACCUGUGCAACGCAUCACCAAAUACCAGCUUCUGCUGAAGGAGUUAUUAAAGUACAGUAAAGGUUGUGAGGGGGCAGAGGAUCUGCAGGAGGCGCUCUCUUCCAUCCUUGGCAUCCUUAAAGCUGUCAACGACUCCAUGCACCUCAUUGCCAUCACUGGAUAUGAGGGGAAUCUGAAUGAUCUGGGCAGGCUGCUGAUGCAAGGCUCGUUCAGUGUUUGGACAGAGCAUAAGAAAGGUCACGCCAAAGUUAAGGACCUGGCUCGCUUUAAGCCAAUGCAGCGGCACCUGUUCCUGCACCAGAAAGCUCUGCUGUUCUGUAAGAAACGCGAGGAGAACGGGGAGGGCUACGAGAAAGCGCCGUCCUACAGCUUCAAACACUCUCUCAGUAUGAGCGCUGUGGGCAUCACAGAGAAUGCCAAAGGAGACAACAAGAAAUUUGAGAUUUGGUGCAACUCGCGAGAGGAAGUUUACAUCGUCCAGGCGGCCUCUGCAGAGAUCAAAACAGCGUGGGUGAACGAGAUCCGGAAAGUUCUGACCAGCCAGUUAAAAGCCUACAGGGAGGCAAGCCAGCAGAAGACGUCGGAUCAGGUCUCUCCGCUGCCCACCUCCAACAGCAGCUCGGUCAUUAGCCUCAGCCCCUUCAAGACCAGUCAGAAGACUGUGAAGAAGGGGGAGGAGAAGAGGGUGGAGAUUUCGGUUACAGACUCGGGCUUUGCGCCUUCAUCAAAAAACACAGACAAGCUCAAAGAUGAGGCAGUAAUCAGUCCCUCCACAGACAGGGCAGCGGUGGCUAAAAAGCGCUUUACGCUACAGGGCUUCAGCAACCUCAAGAGUCAGAAAGGAUCUCCCACUAGUCCUGACCACAAAACCAAACGCCAUGAGAUUAAGAGUGAUCCCACACCAUUUGGCUUCAGAGACGCAGGAGCCCACGUCUCCCUCAGCAGAGUCAAAUGGCUGAGCACGUCUAGCCUCUUACAGGCUAAGCGCAGAGGGUUCAAUAAGGCCUCUCUCUCCAUGGAUGCCUCAGAGGAAAACGACGGCUACUCCAGUGCUGAGGAUCCUCUGAACUCUGACCCUGAGGACGAGGGCAAGAAACUGUCUCCAGGCAGAUAUGUUGUGGUGGCAGAUUAUGAUAAAGGAGGAGCUCAGGACCUCUCAGUGAAGAGUGGGGACAUGGUGCAGCUCGUCCGAGAGGGCAAUGACGGACAAUGGUUUGUGCGUAACCUCAAGAACAGUAAGGAGGGCUGGCUUCCUGCUGCUAAUCUGCUCACUCUAAUCGGAGAGUCAAAGUCCUCACAGUCUCUCACCAGCUCAGAAGGCAGCGGGUCCGGCAACUUGAGCACUUCGUCCAGCUGCAGUGAAACCUACACCAGCUUCUCGGACAUCAAACCGUGAACGAGGGGGCCACUCUGGCCCCAGCCUGCCUCUACAGCUCCGCCUGCUGGCAGCUCCUACACAUUGCACUUUCUCUUGCUGAGACAGCUCCUCUAUGUACUGUAUUCAGAGCCACAGCUUUGGCUCUUUGUUUAAUACGCGGCUUCAUCCUCACCUCCCCACGCUCACCUCCUCCUACUUGUUUGUGUGCAAAAGAGAAAAGGAAGAAGCUGGACUUGCUGAUUUUAUCUCUUUAUUUUUUUAUUUGUCCCAAAAGCGAAGCUAUUAAAGAGUAAAUGACGGCAUUAAUAGAUUUCCUAAUGGCCUGAUACCUUUGGUUUUAAGAGAGUAGGACAUACAUGGUUCUCAGGAUAUUUAAUAAAUCAUAUUUUUAACUGAGAGCAGAGCGCACAGGGGCCCAAGCAUGUACAGUAAUGGCCACUGUAGCAGUCUUUGGUUACAAAAGCGCAAAAAAAAAUCCACUCGAGUAAAAGCUGUGACCAUUGCACCUCCGCUUGGUGUUCGAGAGUUUGCACUGAGAGCAUCAGAACCAUUUGGAAUGUCCUAUUUUCAGGAAUGGCCAAUUAUUUUUUGUUCCUUUACAAUCCAGCUCCCCUCGCCAGCGCCGUAGACAAAAAACCUGAAAAUGGAUCAAGAUUGUUGGAAUCGUGCCUGGUUUCUUGCUAUCGAAACAACUGUGAAAAAUGUCCCGUCCCAUUCACUCUAUGUAUUAAUUGUGAACAGCUGUAUAUUUUAGGUGAAAUUCCUGUAUUAUAAUAAGAUUUGUACAGAUAUUAUAACUUUUACCUCAUUUUCAUUCAGAUAACAGUGUAUGUAUUGUAUAUUAAAUAAUGUUUUUUUCCAUGAAACUGGAUUUUGUCAUUUGUAUUUGUUUUUUGUUUGAUUUAUUAUCAUUAUAUUAUUAUUAUUAUUAUUUUGGUCUGCACCUUUUUGUGUUAUUUGUGGUCUUCGUUACUAAUUAUUUUUUUUAUUUAUGUUUUUACAGAUUUUAUUACCCCACGCUAUACUGUACUUUCACAUAUGAGUGAUUCAAAUGUGAAUUCAGAGGCCAGUAAUUAGUGUAUAAUGCAUUCACACAGUAAAUCAGAUUUAGCUUUUAUGAUCUUAAAGAAAUCAUUAGCUGCAUUUUAAGCCAAUCAGAACAACAACAAAAAUGACCUAAACAGCAUUUUCUAUGAAAUGUGUUGUUUCCCCAAAGUUGUUUUAUCUUCCUGUUUUAUCUCUCACAUCACUAUGCUGAACACUUCGAAAGCAAAUAUUUUAUAUUUUAAAUCAUAUCAUGAAAAAAAAUCUACUGUAUGUUUUCGAUAUGGAUGCAUUUUACACAGCACAUCGUCCUUUUCAUUCUCUAUUUUCAUAUGGCAUUGUGGUUAUGAAGGUAUAUGUGACUGUCUAUGUAUAUGUGUACAUAUGUAUUUAAGAGGAUGUAUGACUUGUAUGAAUAAAGAGAAUUAAGCUUGAAUAAAGUCCACAGAAAUGUU